AUGAUGGACUUUGUCAACACCUCUUUUACCUCUCUCUGUCACCACUUUCAAACAUUUGACUUCUCCUCCUUCUAUCCAUGUAUCCCAUCCCUGAAUGCUACUCCAUCUCCCAGUGUCAUCCUACCAAACUUUGGAUUGUCCUAUUUCACUAUGACUUUUGGAGUCCUCUCCAACCUCAUGGCCCUUAGCAUCUUAGCCAAAUCGUACAUGCACUCCCAUCGCCGUGCCAAGGCGCCUUUUCUGCUGCUGGCUGCAACCCUGCUUCUCACAGAUCUGGCCGGUAUUGUUAUAACAGGAGCUUUUGCUCUGUACCUACAUCUGGGAAGAGUCCGGAGGCACAGGGCGGCAGGACAGGUCUUUGAGCCAACUCAGGGAUUCUGUAAACUGUUUGGGUCCUGUAUGGUGUUCUUUGGCCUAUGCCCGCUGUUCCUCGGAAGUGCGAUGGCAGUGGAACGCUGUCUGGGUAUAACCCAACCCCUCCUACACUCAGCUGUCAUUACCACGCCACGGGUGCGCUUGGCUGUGCUUCCCUUUGCCGUUGGGACCGUUCUGUUGGCUGUGCUCCCCCUACUGGACGUGGGAAACUACACACCACAGUUCCCUGGCACCUGGUGCUUCUUACCCGUUCACGGUUCACUCUCCAGGGCUGACACCAUCCUCGCUCUGACCUUUUCAAGUUUGGGACUCGUGGCACUAACUCUCUCAGUGCUCUGUAAUAUCAUGAGCGGGAUUACACUCCUGCAGGCCAGGCUGAGCACCCAUGCUUUCAGGCCGAACACCCUCAGACAGCAUAAUCAAACCGCAGCCUCCUCAGUUGUGUACUCACUGGACAUAGAGAUGAUGAUACAGUUGGCAGUAAUAACUGUGGUCUCCUGUGUCUGCUGGGGCCCCUUUCUGAUUUACAUCUCCAUAUCUGUGAGGAGGUUUUAUGAGGCGAGCCCUGUCUCAAGAAAUCAGCAAGAACACCUGCUUCUUCUCUGCCUGCGCAUGGCCUCCUGGAACCAGAUCCUGGAUCCUUGGGUCUACAUCUUGCUCAGACAGGCCAUCCUGAAUCGAGUUUGCAGACUGCUUCGGCCAAACAAAGCAUCCUUUUUGCAGAGCAGCUCCUGUGAACAUUCACACAGGCAGGAAAUGUGUUUGCACUGA